AUGAGACAGACAGACAAUGGAGCCUCCAAAUCGUCCCUGGUCCCUCCCUCUACCUGGGCCGAGCCCGAGGACCAAGCCGGCAAGCCGGUUCCCUCCAGCUCCUCUCACGCCCCGGACGAAAGUGGUUUAAUAGCUCCACGCGACAUCAUCCUCUUCCCAAGCCUCUUCCGGUGCCACCCUGUCCUUGACCACGUCGACGAAUCCGCACAGGACCGGCGAAUUUUCCAACGCCUCAGUCGGGACAUCGGGUCAGGAAGCUCGACCGUGCCCGAGGAUAUUGAGAUGGGUGCUAUCCCCACGAGUCACCGGCGGAGACGAAGCAGCGUCUUCAACGACACCCCAAUUUCCAAAGCCUCGCGCGCUCGCUCUCAGUCCGGGGCCGGCGCGCUCCAAGACGACGAGUUCAAGGUCUCGGACGGUUCCACCAGCUUUGGGGAGCUCAGCGACGGCAGCGUUUCCGACGACGAUCUCCGCGACGACGAAGAGACGGGCCUGACCAAGCGCGAGCGGGAACGAAGGAAGUGGAGAAAGGCACAGAAUACCCUGCUGGAUCAGAGAAUUGUGCCGGAUCAGACCAGCGAGGCGGAGAAGAAAGAGGCAGACAAGGCAGUGAUGAAGUCCUCACUCAUAAAUCUCGGCCUAAUUGGCCUCUGGUAUAUCUUUUCCUUAAGUAUCUCUCUGUAUAACAAGUGGAUGUUCGAUCAAGACCGCCUCAACUUUGCAUUUCCCUUGUUCACAACAUCGGCACAUAUGUUGAUCCAGUUCACCCUGGCCUCGCUAGUGCUGUAUCUCGUGCCCUCUCUGAGGCCACGGAAUCCGCAGGGGUCGGAUCUGGGGAGAUCCAGGCAUGAAGCUGAGCCACGACAGCCUCUCAUGACGAAAUGGUUCUACCUCACGAGAAUCGCACCCUGCGGAGCCGCGACCGGACUGGACAUCGGUCUCGGCAACACCUCACUCAAAUUCAUAACCUUGACAUUUUACACAAUGUGUAAAUCGUCCGCCCUCGCCUUCGUGCUUCUCUUUGCAUUCAUUUUCAGACUCGAAACCCCUACACUCCGGCUCAUCUCCAUCAUUGGCGUUAUGACGAUCGGCGUGGUCAUGAUGGUGUUCGGCGAGGUGAAAUUCCACCUCGGAGGCUUCAUCCUCAUCAUCUCCGCCGCCUUCUUCUCCGGCUUCCGAUGGGCCCUCACCCAAAUUCUCUUACUGCGCAACCCUGCGACCUCCAACGCCUUUUCCAGCAUAUUUUUCCUCGCCCCCAUCAUGUUCAUAUCCCUCUUUUCUCUAGGCUUGUUCGUGGAAGGGCUCGUGCCCCUCUUCGAAGGCAUCCGCGCCCUGCAGCAGGAAUGGGGCACUUUUAUGGCGCCGGCGUUUUUGCUCUUCCCCGGCUGCAUCGCAUUCUGCAUGACGGCGUCCGAGUUCGCCCUGCUCAAGCGCACGUCGGUUGUCACCUUGUCCAUUGCCGGCAUCUUUAAGGAGGUUGUCACCAUUUCGGCGGCGGCGCUCGUGUUUGACGACAGGCUGACGCCCGUUAAUUUCGCCGGCCUGCUGACGACGAUGGUUGCCAUUGCCGCGUAUAACUGGUUCAAGAUCCAAAAGAUGCGAAGAGAAUCACAGGCCCAAGUGCGCGAACAUCACAUGCUCGACGGCUCCCCCUCCACCUCUCAUCAAAAUGGGGGUAGCGACUUCGAAAACGACGACCCGGCCGAGGACGCCGGCCUUUUGAGAAAUGUCGAGGACCAUUUUGAUGGCAGGACCGCCUCACCAGCUGUAGGCGGAGAUUACCGGCAGCACUAG